CAGCCGAGGUUUUAUUCUGAAGGUCCAGACAGGAAGUGCGGCAGCGGGGCGGUUCUGGUCCCGCGGGUGGGCUAUAAGAGCGGCGGGUCAGAGAGAGGAGGUCAUCUUCGGGAGCUCUGAGGUGUCGCUGUCGUCUCCUCAGCUGUCGACUGAACCCGUCGGAGGCGAUGCUGAUGAUGAUGCUGAUGAUGAAGAAGAAAGGCGCCAAGUCUCUCGCCGUGGCGGCCAUCUUGCUGGCCACAGUCGGCGCCGUCGUCCCGCCGACCAAAGAGGAUCUGAACGACAUUUCCGUGCGAGGAGAGAAGUUCGUGGACGAGCAGGUGGAAAACGCGGUGAGCGGAGUGAAGGUGAUGAAGGAGGCGAUGCGGAAGAGCGAGGAGGGUCGGCAGCAGCUGCUGGAGCAGCUGGAGGAGACGCGGCAGCAGAAGGAGGAGGCGCUGCGGGCGGCUCAGGACAAGGAGGCGGAGCUGGAGCGGCAGCUGGACGUCUGCAACGAGACGACGCGCGCGCUGUGGGAGGAGUGCAAGCCGUGUCUGAGGCGGAGCUGCGUCAGGUUCUACUCGCGCACCUGCAGCAGCGGCGCCGGGCUGGUGGGACGCCAGCUGGAGGAGGUCCUGAACAGAAGCUCGCCCCUCUCCAUCUGGGUCGACGGCGAGAAGAUGACGGAGCUGCAGCGCGAGGCUCAGCGGCAGAGCCAGGAGCUGCGCCAGCUGCAGGAGCGCUACGCGGUGAUGGCCGACGGCGUGGACGGCGUCUUCUCCGACAGCAUGAAGGUGGCGCAGCACGUCCACUCCGGCCCGCUCUCGUUCCGCGUGCCCUCCUUCUUCAGCACCUUCUACCGCCGCCGCAGAAGCGUCCGGCCCGUCUUCCAGGACCCGUUUCGCAGCUUCCAGGACCUCUUCUCCCCGUUCAUGAACCGGAACUUCCUGGGCUCCGCAGACCCGGCGCUGCACGGCGGCGCCGCCGACAACGAGGACGGCGCGGUGAACGAGGACGUGGUGGUCAGCAGACCGUUCGGCGACGGCACGAUGACCUGCCGGGAGAUUCGCCGCAACUCCGCCGGAUGCCUGCGCUUCAAGGACGAGUGCGAGAAGUGUCGCGCCAUCGAGCACGUCGACUGCGACGGUAAGAGGCCACUGGAGGCGCCGCUGAGGCGCGAGCUGGAGGAGGCCGUGGCGGCGGCCGAGCGCUUCACGCGCCACUACGACGACGUGCUGAAGGAACUGGAGGAGAAGAUGUUCGCCACCUCGUCCAUGCUGGACCUGUUCAACAGGCAGUUCGGCUGGGUCUCGGCGCUCGCCAACACCACGCGCCACAGCCCCUUCACCGUCCAGGGGGUGACCUGCAAGGACCCGGAGCCGGACCAGCCCAGCUCGGAGACCGACGUGUCCCUGCAGAUCUUCGACUCGCCCAUGAACAUCAGCAUCCCGGGCGACCUUCCCUGGAAUGACCCCAAGUUCCCGGAGGUGGUGGCUCAGAAGGCUCUGGACCGCUACAAGGAGAGCAGUGUGGUUCUCAAGUGAAUUCCAGAGGACAGGAACGUCCUGCAGGCCCUGAAGGCCACACGUAGAGCCCCUGUAGAGUCCUGUAGACCAGCUGGUGCUGCCCGAGGCACCACUGACCUCCUGCCAGGCUUCAGACCCGCCCGCCGCGGCUCGGGUCCCUGCACCUCUGACGCUCCGCUGCAGAAUCAGCCCAAUAAAGCCCUCACACUCA